UCCACCAAGAGCAGAGUUGGGCGAAAGGGACGAGAUGAACCUCAACUUCACCUCGCCCGCCGUGGCCCCCAGGCCGACCUCCUUCUUCAUCGAAGACAUCCUGCUCCAUAAGCCCAAACCUAUGCGAGAUGGGGGGCCCGAGGCAUUCCACGGAGCCUUGGCCUCACGGGUGCCUCUGCUGGACUAUGGGUACCCGCUGAUGCCGCCCCCGGCCAUUUUGGCACCUCACCCGCAUCAUCCGCUCCACAAACCCGACCAUCAUCAUCACCCCUAUUUCUUGACCACUUCGGGGGUGCCCAUGCCGGCGCUCUUCCAGCCUCACCCGCACGCGGAAUUGCCGGGUAAGCACUGUCGCCGCCGGAAGGCCCGUACCGUUUUCUCCGAUUCUCAACUCUCGGGUUUGGAGAAGCGCUUCGAGAUCCAGCGCUAUCUGUCCACGCCGGAGCGCGUCGAGUUGGCCACGGCGCUCAGCCUCUCCGAGACGCAGGUGAAAACCUGGUUCCAGAACCGGCGGAUGAAACACAAAAAGCAGCUACGGAAGAGCCAGGACGACGCCAAAGCGGCCGGGCCCGAGGGAGCGGACCUGGCGCCCGGAGACUCUGAGCUGGACCCGCCGGCCCAAGCUAGCGUGGCUUCGACCUCCGAGGUCCGUCCAAGCGGCCCCGUGCCGGCUUUCCUGCCGGAGGACCCCGAAGACGAGGUGGACAUAAUCGAGGGUGGGGAGCUGUGCGGGCCUCAGCACCUCAUUUAAGGCGCUGGGGGGGUGCGCGGAACGUCGGAACUGGAGCCGGUGGCUCAGGCCGGGAGGGAAGGCGAGCGAGCGGCUGCUGAGAGACUUCGGGGGGUCCCAGCGGGAUCGGAGGACCCUCCCUCCUCUUCCUUUUCCCUUCUCAGGACGAGAAGUUGCUUUGCCAGCAUGUCCCGCCCAACCCUUCCUCGAGGCCAGGAAAACGUCGUGUGAACCGGGAUGGGAAGAUGCGGGCUGGGGGUUCUAAAAGACUUGAGGUUGGAAAACACAACCCCUUAACAUUCACGGUUCCUCCUAUCUCACCUUUCCGCUCUCAACAUCCCCAAUGAGAAAAAUGCUAAGACUGGAAAACAACCCGCAUCACCUCUUUGGGCUGAGUUGUGUGAAUGGGACUGGGUUAGGGUUAGGGUUGCUGGAAGGCCACGGGGCUUUUCUCCAGGUACCCACAACCUGUAGGACGCGUGGAAAGCUCGGACAGGUGAGGAAAAACGUCCACAUACCUGCCGGUUGUUUUUUUUCUUCCCCAACUCGCGUGAAAGUGGCGAGAUCGUUUCGGGUCACAGGGUCGUCGGAACCACGCGGGUGACCUGAUUCUGCGCGUUUUUUAUCCCCGAAUACAGAUAUAUUCCUCCUGCAAGCCUCCUUAAGAUACGUGUUGAAAAAAAGAAGGGGAGCGGGAUCGAGUGACUAAAGCGCUGCUGAACCCCGUUUCUUUGGAGCAGGCGUUAAAAGGGGUUUAACUCGGGUCGAAAUUUGUUCCUGGUUUGUGGGUUUUCAGGGCUUUUUAAAAUUAUUAUUAUUUUUACAAAUCAGGGGCGGCUAGUUCUCACGAACCCGCGCUAGAGGAAUCGACCGUCUUCGGUCGCUUCAGAAAUCACCUUUUGAAGCCGAAGGAAAGUUUUGUCAUGGGGGUGGGAGGAGGUCGUGAGAAUGGAAGGGGAAAAAAACCCAUCACCAAAACGGAGCGGAAG